GGCUGUUGGGGGGAGGGAGGCGGUUAGUGGGCUUUAGCGCCUUUUCUGACGGCGGUAGAUUUGAAGCGCUUUCAAACACUGAGCCCAGGGAAGAGGAAACUAACAGUGCAGGUUGAAGUAUUGGAAACAUGGGAAUAAAGGUUCAACGUCCUCGAUGUUUUUUUGACAUUGCCAUUAACAAUCAACCUGCUGGAAGAGUUGUCUUUGAAUUAUUUUCUGAUGUAUGCCCCAAAACGUGUGAGAACUUUCGUUGUCUUUGUACAGGUGAAAAGGGGACAGGGAAAUCAACUCAGAAGCCAUUACAUUAUAAGAGUUGUCUCUUUCACAGAGUUGUCAAGGAUUUCAUGGUACAGGGUGGUGACUUCAGUGAAGGAAAUGGACGAGGAGGAGAAUCUAUUUAUGGAGGAUUUUUUGAAGAUGAGAGUUUUGCUGUUAAACACAACAAAGAAUUUCUCUUGUCAAUGGCCAACAGAGGGAAGGAUACAAAUGGUUCACAGUUCUUCAUAACAACGAAGCCAACUCCUCAUUUAGAUGGGCAUCAUGUUGUUUUUGGGCAAGUGAUCUCUGGUCAAGAAGUUGUGAGAGAGAUAGAAAACCAGAAAACAGAUGCAGCUAGCAAACAUUUGCUGAGGUACGGAUACUCAGUUGUGGAGAGCUAA